UAUGUAGACCAAGCGAAGCAAGCGGAAGAGAUGCACGAUAUUUGUACUCUGUUGAAAUAAUACGUCACCUCGUAUAUUUUAGUGAAAUAAUAUAAUUAUUAGUAAUUUGGAUUACUUUGUCGUUACAUAAUAAAACAGCAAAAUGCCGGCGGCGCGAGGCGUAAAGCGGACAGCGUCCAAGUCUUCAGCAGCCACGGCAUCAACGGGGCCCAAAAAUAAGAAAAAACGUGGAGCAAUCCAGUUGGAGAUACCAGUUCCACCGAAACGUAAAGGAUGUGUGAUGACAUGUGGACAGGGGGAUGUUGGUCAGCUCGGCCUUGGAGAAAAUGUCAUGGAAACCACAAAGUUCAAAACCGUUUCUGUGCUUGGUAACAAGAUUGUUGAUGUAGUGGCAGGGGGAAUGCACACUGUGGCACUCGACAGCGAUGGAAAAGUAUGGACAUUUGGGUGUAACGAUGAGGGAGCCCUGGGGCGUCCGACUUCCAGCGACACAGACGAGGGUACUCCCAAACAGGUGACAUUACCACUGCCAGCGGUCGCUGUGUCUGCCGGAGACUCACAUUCAGCUGCACUAUUACAGAACGGAGACGUCUUCGCAUGGGGGUCGUUUAGAGAUUCUCACGGCAGUAUGGGUCUUGUAGUCCGCGGCAGGGAAGGCAAGCCGUGCAAGGAACCAGUCAGAGUUGACCUCGGGGAAUCAGCGGUGGGAGUCGCCUCGGGCGGAGAUCACCUAGUUAUAUUGACGAACACAGGAUCAGUAUACACAAUGGGUUGUGGUGAACAAGGCCAGCUGGGACGGCUAGCACAGCGGUCGGCCUCCAGAGAUGCUCGGCAGGGAUUCAGCGCUCUGUUGGUUCCUUCAAAAGUUAUACUAAAGGGCGGCGCGUGUCGCGUGUGGGCCGGGUAUCACGCGACCUUCGUCAUGGACGCCAGCAGCGACAAAAUGUUCGCGUGGGGCCUCAAUAACUACGGACAACUCGGUAUAACGGGCGAGAAACGUAAGACGGCUAUAUAUUCACCGACUGAGUGUGACGGCAUGCGCGGUAGGAGGUGGACGGACGUGAGUGCUGGCCAGCAUCACUCCCUGGCCGUGGACGAGAGGGGUUUGGCGCACAGUGUGGGCCGCUGCGAAUACGGACGCCUGGGUCUCGGUCGCGAUGGGGACGCGGUGUCCUGGGAGGCGAUCCCCAAGCUGCAGGACGACACCUGUGUGUGUGUGUCCGCGGGCACGAGUAGCUCGUUCGCGGUCACACAGACCGGGCGGGUGGUGUGCUGGGGCGCGGGGGGAGAGGGGCAGCUGGGGCUGGGCGGCUCCGACGACCAGCUAGAACCAACCCCCGCACAGCUGGAGGGCCGAGCGCUCAGGGUCACCGCCGGAGGUCAACACACUGUGGUCUUAGUGGAGGACCCCACAGCACAAAUGGAAGUUACGCCGGCUCCAGAGAGUGAGAAAGAAGAAGAAAAGACGGAGAGCACAGAAGAGAAGAAAAAACAGAACAAGAGGCAGAAGAAACAAGAGCAAGACGAGGAGAUAACGUCAACAUCCAGCGCACAGCACGCUGAAGUUAAAGAUGAACUAGAGAAAGUUAACGGAAACGAAAAGAAGGACACGGAACCGGAAACACCCAUGGAUGUUAACGAAACUGACAAACAAGAGGAUAUCGAAGAUAAAAUGGACACGCGGGAAGAGAGCGAGCAGACGGACAAACCAGAAGCGGAACAAACGGACACCGAGGUCGACUCCAAAGACAUGGACACCUCCAGCCAGGACACGGCCAGCGACCAGGACGCGCUCCGGGAGACCGACGCCGCGCUCAACGGCACCGACGACCCGCCUGGGCCGAGGGAGGGGGGAGUAGCCUCCGCGUGAGGGGCCACGGUAAGCCGUACGGUAGAUCGACACGACACUCGCCGACCACGCGCCCGCUACCGCCCAGCCUCACAGGCGUCCCCUCACCGUCAGCCGCGCUGAGGGUGCCUGUGAGCCGCGGCCAGCGCGCGGCGUGGCGAGCCGAGCGCUCGGUCCACAUAUCAGAUGACGUCACGCGCUCCGACGCCCCCGGCCUUGCGAUUUGAUGAUCCUCGUUUGACACUAUAUUUAUUACGAUACGUCUAGAUUGUAAAUGUGAAUAAUGAAAUUAUAUGAUGUCGGAGCUCUGAGGCUCUGGUCGUUUGUUGAGUAUAUAUUAUAUUCUAGUAUAUAUAUAUAUAUAUAUGUUUGUGUAUUCUAUGCUCCAGUAACAGGUCAGGCGUAGUGUACCGUGUAGUGUUGCGCCCCGUUCCCAUAGUUCUAUUUGUUUCUAAAUUCACGGAAUAAGACUGUUAUGAUAAUUGAAGUAGAUCGUAAACGUACUAUUGUUUAGUCUCCUCGUGACCGUCGACAUCGUCUUACGCGUAACAUCUCUCUCGUGACUCGUUGUACAGAGGUGAGCCGCAACAUAGUUGCGAGCCCCGACUCCGCCUGUGGCUGUCGACCGCCGACGCACACAAUCAGAUCGCAAGCGCCCACAUGUCGUGUAUAGUUAACAUAUUAGUUAUAAUUAUUAAUAGUAAGCGCUACGUUAAUCCGGUAAAUUGAAAGUUUUGUUUGGAAAAAUCAUUUAUUUUAUAUAGAUUUUUUUGUGCAUGUUUCUAAAAGUACAAACGUACCUAUUUUUAUUUUAUUUUUCCUUUCACGACAUUAUUUCUUAAUUGUUAAAAUAAAUGAAAUAUAAUGUAUUGUGUUUUCCUAAUAAAAUUGUAGUGUA